AUGCUUGAAUAUCAUGAGUCAGGAGUGAAAACGACACCAGGUCAUCGGAUUUCCUUUUCAAUCCUUGAUAUUUUGGAUCCCAAAAAGUUCACAAGUAAAAAGACAGACGUAACAUCGGAGAAAAAAUGGACACCACCUUUAGAAAACACAGACUUUGGAAGUUUAGAGGAACAGCGCACCAGCAAGGAAAGUCCUGGGCAUGGGGAAUCGCGUCUCUGCAAAAAUACCAGUUCAGCUGAAGAACAUCAAAGUUGUGUUAGGCUGCAUCCGCCUGAUCCAGAUGUUGACUCGGACUCAGUAACCGGACCAGCAGCGGAGGAUUUGUCUCGCCAGCGGCGGCGUCGGUCCGAUCACUGCUGCCCGAAGCCGCGCCGUGCCAGAACCGCGUUUACGUACGAACAGCUGUUGGCUUUGGAGAACAAGUUCCACGCAACCCGUUAUUUAUCCGUGUGCGAGCGACUAAAUCUCGCGUUGUCCCUGAGCCUGACCGAAACCCAAGUCAAGAUUUGGUUCCAAAACCGAAGAACCAAGUGGAAAAAGCAGAAUCCUGGGGCUGACAGUUCCCUGCAACCCAGCACGAACGCUCUGCCCAGCACAAGCCCGACUUGUGGAUCCACACCUGCCUUCCACCAUCCGUUCAGCACCGGGAACGUGAUCUUUCAUUCUGCUGGCCCGGUGCACCUGGCAUCCUCCGGUGGACUCUUGCAUCCAUUUUUGACUGAUGGCUUUCUGCAGCCAGCAUUCUUCACUCCACAUUUAUGA